AUGCCAUUAUCGUCCUCCAAGUCGUCGACAUCACUACGCUCCGCCGACGACCCGCAACAAGCGGCCGAUUCACGCGGAUUGUUAUCGCCAGGACGGUUCGUGGAGAAACUGACACGCAAGUUGAGUAAGCAGAGUCUACGGCUCAGCCGACUCGGGCCCGGCCAGCAGCAGAUGCAGCCAACGCUCACGACGGAACCAUCAUUACCAUCACCCUCAUUACCGCCAUUACCACCAUUACCAUCUUUAUCAUCAUUACCACCAUUAUCACCGACAGAAGCAGCAACGAACCCAUCGACAACAACAACGUUGGGAGGGGACGCUUCCGAGUUGCACAGCUUCCAACCAUGGACCGGGUAUGCGGCUGGUGGCCGAUCGUCCUACCUCGCGACGUCACGGCCCACGAGUUAUGUUUCCAGUCGCCGCACCACCCCGGGAGGAUACGCGCCCCCAAUGCUGGACUUGGGGGAUCCGAUUGAAAUUGAUCCGGAUUACUUGGAUCCGCAGCCGGAACCGCAACUGGAACCACCACUGGAAGUACGCCCGGAGAAGCCAGACGACAAGCGACUAGCAGACCUCAAGCGACCUCGACGACAAACAAGCGGCCAGCUCCGCAGCCUUGCCCGCUCGGUGGACCAACGACUGGAGGACAUGAUCGCCGACGGGACGCAGUGUAUCGUGCGCAACGAGCCCCUACCGACGACAACGACAGAACCCCCGUCAGCACCGCCGACGCGGCCGUCAAGCACGAUUUAUGCCGAUCCGGUCUUCAUCGAGCCUGAUCCGGAAUGCUGCCUGCCGAAUACCGGGACCGCGCUAGAGGUGGAUGAGAAUGAAACGGGCGAGGGGUCGGAGUUGCUUUCCGAUCUAUUCGGCCAGAGCGGGACCACGUCACUGCGGAACGCCAGCGGGCCUGGCGGCAUCCGCAAGCACACGGUCAACGGCGUGGACCUGCGAUACCGACUAUCGGCGGACGCUGCUCUGCGCUGCACGAAUGUGGUGCGCAGCCGGCCCAGGAUGCGCAAGCGAAACAAGCCUCGGCAUGGGAGCGGAGUCUCAUCGAUUGUCACCUCGCCGACCAUGUCGUGCGCCCCGUCGCCGCCUCUUCCGCCGAUGAAUUACCCGCCAUAA